AUGCCAACCUAUGGAAGAUCAGGUAAAUGCUCCCAACUUCGGACCGGGUCUCGCAGCUUUCUAUUAUCACCUACUAAGCACACCGUCUCAAGCGAUGAUCAUGAAUCUUCUUUGGUUGUAUCUUCUUCAGAACCAAAGAGAAUCAAAUUAAGUCAAACUUCCUUGUCAUCUCCACUCAAUUCCUGGAAAUUGUUUACCUCGGACACUGAUUUUCCGCGAUCCAUUGAUGAUAAUCACAGCACUUUACAUAUUGAAAGUAUCCAGAGUACCACUCCAGACUCUGCAGACUUGAUGCAAGAUACAAACGCCAAUCUUGAGUCACUUUUUGGAAGCUUGGACCAUAGAAACUUGCCUAAUAAACCGUCUGCACGCUCUACAAAGACCACGUUCUUUAACAUCCGUACACCAACGUAUAAUAGUGAAGAUGAAGAGAAGGACCCGGAGGAGACCGCCGGUGGUAGUGUAACUCAAAUAAGCAGACAGUUGAACUUGAGCGUACAAAAGCUUGACAGCGAGUCCCAUAUAGAGCAGAAUAUGGACAUUAAGGAGCCGAUAACAAAUACUUCCUCUCUAGGCAAUUCCCUAAUAGAGAACAUUGCAAGAUCUUCGCGUACGUAUGGAGCUACUAGAAGUUUUAAAGCGGAUGAAACACGGCUUUCUGAAGAUGAAGGUGAAAAUGAGGACGACUAUUUCGAUGAUCAGGUGGCAAACAAGACCAACACUAAUAUUCAAUCCACUUUAGACCUCAGAAUAUCGGGUAUGAACAACCAAUUCAAGGAGGAGGUCGAUAUAUUUAUAGAGGAUUAUGGUUCUGAAGAUCAUUUGCAUAAUAAAUUACAAAUUUUGAUGGAUUUUAAAGAAAGAAUAAGUGAAGAUAAUGACUUUGGACAAUUUGUUGGUACUACCGGACUACCUGCAGAGUUUAUAGAGAGUAUUCUCAAGCCUGGUGACUACGAUACAGGAAUAGGCCUUGGAUUAGUAGAAAUAUGCAAUAUCAUUCAACGGCAGAACAAUAAUCAUUAUGCCGUAAUUCUUUUCUGCCGCGGAUUUCAGCAUAGACGCAAUGCCUUGGGUAAGCUACUUGCGGAGACCAAUCAGCCUGAUAAAGUGAUUGAAUUUCUAGGCUUUUUGGCCGGCAAAGGCGAAGAUAUAGAUAUCUCACUGCUUGUGGAUAAGCAGGGAGCUGAAAAGAUACUUGAAACUAUUGUUGAUCGCUUGAAAAAUGCCUCCAAGUCUCAGUCUCAGUCUUUUUUGCACUACUGCAUCCAAAUUUAUUCAUCAAUGAUGGUCUCAAAAGCGUUAGAACCCAAGGAAAUACUCCUAGAUUCAACAGAUCAGAUUCUGCAGAUUGUCAUAAAUUACAGACAAUAUACCCGUGAUCUUUUGGUAUCUGUUCUUCAGUCUGGUGUUUUUAUCACGAGUACGUUAGACGUAGAGAGUCUUCCAGAAACAGUUUCCAGCCAGCUAUAUAGCGAACCACUUUUUCAAUCUCUUCUAGAGAUUGCCAUGCGUUCAAAAGAUAGUCAGUUAACCUUAUUUGCUCUUGGUUAUCUGGUGAACUUUACAGAAGAAGACAAAUUCAUUAACCGACUGGACCACAAGUCAAUUUUACCGAUGAAGAGUUACCUUGACAGGCUGAAUCUCGACUCUAGAGUGGCAGAAGAUGUCUAUAAAGUAGGCUAUUUCUGUCUGAUCUACUCAAGACUUCUUGCCAACAAUAAUUUUGUCAAAUGGCUCACUGUGAGUCGGGAAACUAGGCCGAAGUUGAUCAUAGGUCUAAGGAGAUUUAAUGAAACCAUCCCUAAUGAAGAGAAGCUAAAGGAUCAAAUCAACUAUUUACUACAUAUUACAACGUCUUCGGAUUAG